GGCGGCAAAUAGUAAUAACUGAGGAGCAUUAGGGGGAGAGGAACAUUUGAAUUAAAAUAUAGAUCUCCUGUAUAACAAAGAUCGGUUUUCAGCUGUACCUUUCUUUAGGUCAUUCUCAAUUUAACGUAAACAACUAGGUGGUAUUUAUUCCAAGACAGUAAAAAAUAACUUACUAAUGAAGGACGUUCGGAUAUUGUUGGUUGGUGACCCUCAAGUUGGAAAAACGUCGCUUAUUCUGUCGCUUGUAAGCGAGGAAUUUCCUGAAGAGGUCCCUGCGAGAGCAGAAGAAAUCACCAUACCAGCUGAUGUGACUCCUGAAAAGGUCCCAACACAUAUUGUGGACUUUUCUGACCUUGAUCAGUCAGAAGAUAUGCUGAUUGAUGAGAUUGUGAAGGCCAAUGUUGUGUGUGUGGUAUAUGAUGUCACAUCAGAAGGAUCACUUGAAAGGAUUACAUCUUAUUGGUUGCCACUGAUAAGACAAACUGGAGAGGAAGAUAGUUCAAAGCCUGUUAUUAUUGUUGGAAACAAGUCAGACCUGAUGGAUGGAAGUACAAUGGAUACUGUCUUACCAAUAAUGAAUGAUUACACUGAAGUGGAAACUUGUGUUGAGUGCUCAGCAAAGGAUCUGAAAAAUAUAUCUGAGAUGUUUUACUAUGCACAGAAGGCAGUCCUCCAUCCUACUGCUCCUCUCUUCUCUGCUGAAACCAAGGAGUUAAAACCAUUAUGCCAGGCUGCUCUCACAAGAGUUUUUAAGAUAUCAGAUAAGGAUAAUGAUGGCUUACUGAGUGACAAUGAAUUGAAUGAGUUCCAGAAUCGAUGUUUCAAUACCCCUCUGCAAGGACAAGGUUUACAAGAUGUUAAAAAUGUAGUCAGGAAGAAUGUUGAGGGAGGAUUACAAGAUGGUGGACUUACACUAAAAGGUUUCCUGUUUCUUCACACACUCUUUAUCCAGAGGGGGAGACAUGAAACAACAUGGACUGUUCUCAGAAAGUUUGGAUAUGGUGAUGAUCUUAAGCUCAGACCUGAUUAUUUGUGUCUUACGAUUGACAUGGGGGCAGAUCAAACAGUGGAAUUAUCAGAUGCAGGAUAUCAGUUUCUUAUUGACCUCUUCCAGAGACAUGACAAGGAUGAAGAUGAAGCCCUUUCUCCUGAGGAACUUCAAGCACUCUUUGGUACCUGCCCAACAAUGCCUUGGGGUGAAGAUGUUCUUAGCUCUGUUGAAACUAAUGCCAAUGGAUGGAUAACUCUCCAAGGAUUUCUAGCUCAGUGGGCGCUAACAACUUUCUUGGAUUACACUAGAAUGUUAGCAUAUUUAGCAUUUUUUGGUUACAUUCAUCAGGAAAUUGAAGCUUCCCUUUCUACCGCAAUAACAGUCUGUUCCCCUCUUCCUUUUACUCUGGUCUCUUCUGUCUCUCGCCUCAUUCAGAUGCGAAAAAAGUUACGACUUUUACCUUCCUCUUACUCUCAGUGGGGCCAAGCAAAAACUCAACUGGUUACUCGGAGUAAAGCUGUUGACCUACAGAAGAAACAGACAUCUCGCUCUGUAUUUCAGUGUUACGUAUUUGGACCACCAGGCGUUGGAAAGACGUCCUUCCUUCAAGCAUUUUUAGGGCGAACCCUUGAGCCUGGCGAAUCAGAAAAGGAAUUGUCGAAUUAUGCCAUUAAUCUACUAGAGGUGAACAGGCAAGAAAAAUACCUAGUGUUACGUGAAAUCGAAUGGGAAAAUUCUGGAUUUCUGUUGCACGACAGACGAUGUGAUGUGGCCUGUUUUCUUUAUGACUCGUCGGAUCCAGCUUCGUUUACACAAGUGGUACAACUGCGAGAGAAACUUCCCAAAACAGUUCCUUGUAUGUUAGUUGCUGGCAAAAGUGAAGGCGUUGCAGCUAAACAGGAUUUUGAAAUGCAGCCGUCUUUGUACUGCUCGUUAAACAAGUUACCGCCACCUCAGCCAUUUUCAUCCCUUAACAGACCAGACAUACACAGAGCUAUCUACGACAGCCUCGCCCAAAUGGCCGUUUAUCCGCACCUCUGCGGCCCUAAUGCAGACAGUGUGACGUCAUAUUGGAUUAUGGCAGGCUUAACAGCCGCGCUCUUAGCAACCGCUGGAAUAGUGGUGUUCAGAUACUUGAAAAAGGGAGGUUCGACCACGUGACAAGAAACAAAGCGUAUUAGGAAUAUAUACUAACAAGGCGUUUAUUUUGCCUUUGUAUUGAACCACGGAGUUCAAAAUGUAAAGAGGUUCUAAAUUGAAAAACUAUAAGCCAAAUGUGGAAACAAGAGGAUCAAUCAUAACAAAGUGGACAUAUUUUUAUUUUCAAUGGAAUUGUAAAAGUUUCCUUUUUACCCAUUAUUGUAGUAAUGUAGGAGUUUGUGAUGUGAGCAAUUUUUGUGAAUCUCGAUCUUUAGCUCGGUUAAUUCUCGUAUUUGAAACAAAAACCAGGAUUGUUUGAAUUUGUUUUUCCCUUGCGGACAAGUUUCAUUAAGGAGUUCCUCCUUUGUCCGUAGCUGUGUAAUAUCGUCUAACAACGUUUAAAUACCUGUUGUCCAGAAACUUUUAAAAUUUAAACAUGAAAAUAUUUUAUUUUG